AACACAGAAGCACGGGGGGCGCGCGCGCUCCACAUUGCCGGUGGGUAUAAAAUGCUCGCGCAGAUAGUCAUGUACAACGGCGAGGCUGAACGGCGCGCGGACCUGCACCGGUGCACGGAUGGCAGCGAGUGUAAUCAGACCCAUGAGUGGAUUCGGACCGAUCCCUACAGCUCGGACCUACUUUAUUUCUGCUGAUGAAGAUGAGCUAGAAGACGAGUAUGAAGAUGAGCUCCGGGACGAAGUGGAGGAUAGUUUUGAGGAGGAAGAGGACGAUUCCCCAGGCGCUGAGUCUCAAGUCACAGAUCCACAAGUUUCUGAUGUGUACAGUGAGAUCGCCACAGAUCGCCUCCUACGCUUUGCCGAGCUCAUCAGCAGCGACGUGCAGCGUUAUUUCGGACGCAGCCAAGACUCAGACACGUGCGACAUCUACACAGGAAGGUCACGUCAUGAGAUCACGGUCCGGCAGCUCUGCUAUUCUAACAUCCUCCAAACGGCUUCCUCAGAGCCGGGGGACGAGCCGAAAAACCUCGGGCCGCUCGCAGAACUCUUCCAGAGCGCUCAGGUAAAGAAGCAGGGAUUACCCAUGAUUCAGAGGCGUCUGCCCAGCAGCUUCUGGACCGAGCCUCGACCUGAACAUCUCUGUGUCACUGCUAAUGUUCCAGACAUGGUGACUUGCUCCACAGAAACAAUGAACCCAAACAGCAGCAUACCGGUGAUUAGUAUGAGCAGCUCCACUACUCCAGACUUCAGUGACUUACUUGAGCACUGGGCUUCAGACAAAGAAACCUGCAGUGCCUACAGCUGUGAAUACCAGCUUCCCUAAGAGCAGCA